AUGAAGUGGAGCGUCCGCGGGGCCUGCGCCGCGCUCUCCUCCUGCCUCCUGCUCGCCUGCGCGCUCAGUGCCGCCGCCGUCGGCCUCAAGUGCUUCUCGCUGGGCUCGGAGCUGCGCGGGGAGCCGUUCCGGCUGGGGGCGGCCGCCGGCGCCUUCUACUCGGGGCUGCUGCUGGCCGCCGGCCUCUCGCUGCUCGGCGCCGCCCUGCUGUGCUGCGGGCCCCGGGACGCCCCCCUCGCGGGGCCGGGGCCGGGCCCGGGGCUCGGGGUCCCCGCGGCCCCAGCGGGGGCUCCGGAGGCUGCGCCGGGCGAGCCGGGGAGCGCAGCCGGGCCCUCGGGGCGGGUGAACAGCCAGAACCUGCUCCUGCUCGGCGUUCUCGUCUUCAUGCUCGGGGUCCUCAGCGCCUUCGCGGGCGCCGUGAUCGACGGCGACACCGUGUCCCUAGUGGAACGCAAGUACUCCCACUACUGCCUGCCCCCGCGCGCGCCGGCCGCGGCCCCUGGCCCGGCCCCGGGCACUGCGGCCGCGGCCCCCGGCGCGCCGCGCGCCCGCAGCACCCUGGACAGCGCCACGUCCGCCAAGUGCCGCCAGCUGAAGGACUACCAGCGCGGCCUGGUGCUUUCCACCGUCUUCAACUCGCUCGAGUGCCUCCUGGGCCUGCUCAGCCUCCUGCUGGUAAAGAACUACAAGUCCUCGCAGGCCCGGCGCGGCCGGCGCGGCCGGCGGAAGGGAGGCCGGGCCCUGGCGCGGCCCCGCGGCGGCCCGGGGUUCCGUGCGCUGCCGCCAGCCUCCCGGGCGCGGCGGGGCCGACGGGGUCGGCGGGGGCGGAGGCUGCAGCAGCGGCCGAGCGAGGCUUCCAUCCUGUCCCCGGAGGAGUCGGACUUCGCCGCCCCGGGGGACUGCGCGGGCUUCGCGGCGCGCCACGCGGUCUCCUACAUCAACGUGGGCGUCUUCCACGCGUUUGACGAGGCGGGCGUGGAGGUGUGCUGCGGGGGGCACCCGUCUGUGGAGCUGCCGGGGUACGCGCCCUCGGACCCCGACCUCAACGCCUCCUACCCCUACUGCUGCCGGCCGCCCUGCGAGGCGGCGCGCCCCUGGGAGCCGAGCCGGGCCUGCUGA